ACUUUUUCUCCGUCUUUACAUAUGUGACAUAUGUUAACAGCAUGAAAGGACCUAUAUCCAUUAUUAGUGCAUCUAAGAAACACGUAAGUAGUACCGGCGACUUCGCUUCUUAUCGCGUCCUAUGUGCAAGACUCGCAAGGAACGCAUAGGGAUUGAAUUGGCUGCGACGCGGCGUUAGUGGUGAGGGCUGGCUGGUGGUUGGUCGGUGGUGGCUUCGGAAGAUUUUGGAGGUUAUACCGAGGAUUGUCCGGCGAGGAUCAGGGAUCGGAUUUCCAAUUGUGGGUUACGCGCGGGCGACCAUAGCUCGGCAGACACGUUUCGUCGUCGCGAGCGAGGAGACGUGCGCCCAGUGGUCUCGAGUGACACGGUCAAUUGCGGCAACAACAGCAGUCCACCGUUGACGUGAAUUCACGCGUUAUACGUACGGCAAAGUGGACUCAAUGUCGAUAAUAUGUCGGCUAAAAACGACAUCAGGACGACGCGGAUGCACAGGAUGGCCCGUAGGGCCGUUUGACGAUUAUUUAUGAAUUUACGGAGAGAUCUGAAAAGAGGGUGUCCACGGUACAACAACAUGGUGAAGGAGAAGGCGAAUUCGAUCCGCAUCUACGAUUCCGAGGGCUACAGACGUAGAGCUGCCUGUAUCUGCGUCAAAAAUGAUCUCGAGGACGAGGUACUAUUAGUUACAUCUAGUCGAAGACCCGACAGUUGGAUAGUACCAGGCGGCGGGGUCGAGCCUGAGGAGGAACCAUCGGUUACGGCUCUUCGUGAAGUCCGAGAAGAGGCUGGCGUUCUAGGACAAUUAGGCCGUUGCCUCGGCACAUUUGAGGUUAUAACCCGUGAUAACACAGAACACAAACAUAGAACGGAAGUAUGGGUUAUGCAAGUGACCGAGGAAUUACCGGAAUGGGAAGACUCGCGCGCUAUCGGUCGGAAGAGAAAGUGGUUCACCAUCCCAGAGGCCCUGCUGCAACUCAGCCAGCACAAGCCCGUCCAGCGCUCUUACUUGCACAGCCUCUACAAUACUAAUCCUCGACAUAAUCCCACCUCUCAACUGUCCAACCAUUCGCACUCCACGAUGACAUCUAUCGAGCUAAUGAAUAAUUCUAGUAACAAUUCACGUUUAAGUGAACACAGCUAAUAUCGUCGUGAAUCAUCCGUUUCUAUCGAAAAUUCGAUCGCCAUGAAGUCUCACUGUUACUCCUCCUUUCUCCCAUUAAGGGAAUUUUAUGGUAACAACUGACUCUCUGCUGUGUUUUAUACAUAUAAAUUUAUAUUACCUACAUUUAUCUUUAUUAUUAUGAUAUUCUUAGGUUAAUUAUUAUCAUUAUAUUAUGUUUACUUACAUAUAGGUCGUUGAUGAUAAAUCGUUUUAUUACUUUUUUUUUUUUCGUAGCCAGGUUCUCAUUUCUGAUGUGAUUUUUUAUCGAAUGUGCGAGAAAAAUAAUUAAGUCAAUGGUUUCAUUAUAUUUAGUGUUUGUGCCUAAUAUAUAUGUAGAAUGUCAUACAUGUGAUCCUUUUCCAUGCAUCGCAUAUCCUGGAUGGACACAGUUGUGCGAAUACCUUGGUAACUUUUUCUACAUUUUCUCAAGAGACAGGAAAAGUUACAUACUUGUUAGCAUACAAAUAAUAAAUUAUGUACUUUGUAUAUUAACUUCUUGAAUAAAUUUUGUAAUGAUUUCUGCAA